UCCAUUCUUGAUGUUAGUCUUAUCCUUAGCUUGGUCAUCACUUUUACAAUUAUGCCUUCUCUUCCACCUCUCAUGGCUGACCAUCUUCAUAUAAAAAUUCCUCCUGGGAUUUCAUUCUGACACGUGAAAUGGAACUUGUCGAUUACCAGCUGACCUGAGAGUUAUGAAGAUAUUUUUCAUCUUGCUGGAGAGGAGGAUCUUGAAACUUUGGAAAGAAGCUGAAGCUCCGAUUAGUAGUUCUGCGAGGAGGAGGAGAAUAUUUUUAAAGAAAACAAACAGAAGUACAGAGAUCUCUUCCUCACAUGGCUUUCCUUAUCAGUAAUUGUCUUUUCUGACAAGGAAGUUCUUUCUGGAGUCGUGGUCAUAACAAGUAAGGACACAGUCCAGCACCAAGGUAUCUCAUUAACAAUGGAAGGAUCAGUAAACCUGCAGCUUAGUGCCAAAAGCGUGGGUGUGUUUGAAGCUUUCUAUAACUCUGUCAAGCCUAUUCAAAUUAUUAACAGCACUAUUGAAAUGGUAAAACCAGGGAAACUUCCCAGUGGCAAGACAGAAAUUCCGUUUGAAUUUCCAUUGCAUAUGAAGGGGAACAAAGUUCUGUAUGAGACAUAUCAUGGUGUCUUUGUUAAUAUUCAGUAUACCCUACGAUGUGAUAUGCGACGUUCUCUGCUGGCAAAAGACCUAACUAAGACUUGUGAAUUCAUUGUCCACUCACUGUCGCAGAAAGGGAAACCGAUGCCAAGCCCAGUAGACUUCACAAUUACUCCUGAAACUUUGCAAAAUGUUAAAGAGAGAGCUUCACUUCCAAAAUUUCUCAUCAGAGGGCAUCUCAGUUCUACAAACUGUAUCAUUACACAGCCACUGACAGGGGAGCUGGUGGUGGAGAAUGCAGAGGCUGCCGUCAAAAGUAUUGAGCUGCAGUUAGUACGGGUGGAAACCUGUGGGUGUGCGGAAGGUUACGCCAGAGAUGCCACAGAGAUACAGAAUAUUCAGAUUGCUGAUGGGGAUGUCUGCAGGGGCCUACCAAUUCCCAUAUACAUGGUGUUUCCCAGGUUGUUCACCUGCCCUACCCUGGAAACAACAAACUUCAAAGUCGAGUUUGAAGUUAACAUUGUUGUCCUUCUGCAUGAUGAUCACCUCAUCACAGAGAACUUCCCCCUGAAGCUCUGCAGGAUGUAAAUAGUCAGAGGAGAAUCACUUAAGGAUUUACUGAAAAAGGACAAAAUUCUUCAGAGGCAAAGUGAAAUUUCAUUAAUGUCUUUUUUUUGUUUGGUUUUUUUUUUUUUAACCAAACCACAUCACUUCCUUCUCCCUGCUGGUAGUUCUUGGGCUUUCAGUUCUCUACCAGUCUUGCUAAGACUCUGCCUGCCUCGCGAAAGCCUGCGUGGAUGUGUCUAUUCAGGCAGCCUUGUCAGGUGUCUUUCUGACUUCAACAACCAUGUUUUCCCCCAGUUUUUCUCAGACAGAUCCCGAAGGGAUGAUUCCAUAUAUUUCUACAACUUGUAGAAAGUUUCUUUCCUUAUUUCAUUUUGUAAUACUUGUUCCAAAGUCCUUUGAAGACCUCUCAAAACUAGUAAGUCCUGUUACACGUGGUGUGUAUAUAUACUGGGGGGGAGGCAUGGGACUUGUAAGAUAAUGCUGAAGCGUGUCUUUGAAGGUGUAAUAAAUGGUGCUACAACGA